AUGCAAGUGCCCUGGAAUCCAGAACCCAUCCUGGAGCCUGCACAAUCAAUCCAUGGUAAAGCUCAUGUCUUCUGGAUUGCCAUCUGUCUAGGGCACAAGUGGGUCCUGAGAGGCAUCAAUGCCUCAGUGCCCACCAAAGGACUGCUAGGACUAAUUGUCUUGGCAAACUUGUGGCCAGCCAAACCUUCCAUGCUUCACAUCCCUGUUAUCCUUGGUCACCACCCAAGAUCAGCUAACAGAAGAGGUGAAAUGUGGUCUAAAAGACCUUCUGACAAAGAAGUGCCUCCUCAGAAUCCCCCCAAGGAUGAGUCUGGCCCGAGGAGGACAAGAGAUGAUCCUCCUAUAAGCUGGCAGGGAAGGCAGUCUCCAAAACGAAGCAGACCAUAUUCUUCCCGUCCAUCUCAGCAUAGAAAGCCUGAGCAUGCUCAUGCCUCCUACAGAUGGCACAGUGAAGGAAAGCCAGAAGUUAAAGAGAAACCAGGUCAGUCUUUGAAAGCAUCAAGAAACGAGAACCCCUCACGUUCAUCUGCAAUCUGGGUGUAACAUUCAUCGAAGAUGUUAGACAAACCCAGCAGACUCACUGAAGAACUUAAAACUACAUCCAAGCAGACUGUGGAAAAACCAGAAACGUCAGAUGACAAUGAUUUACCUAAAGUUUCUGAGUUUGAGAUUGGAUUCAUGGACCAACCAGAAGAAUCUAAGUCAAAAAGAACCGUUGGCAUAGAAUUAGUUGGUGACUACCAAAUAACAAAUUGCCUUAAAGCCACAGCAUCAAAAACCGAGGAAACUGAACAGGCAUACUACCAGGACUGUGAAACGUUCGAGAUGGUGGUGAAAAUGCUGAUUGGAAAAGAUCCUUCAUUAGAAAAGCCCAUUCAGUUUGUGCUUAAGCAGAAUUUACAUGAAGUAAGUGAGCGUUGUGUUAUAGAACUCAAGCAUUUCAUUGCAGAGUACGAUGCUUCUACUCAAGUCUUCAGAGAAUCUUCUUAA